AUGUCUCGAUCUCACCUCCCUCCCCGCAAUGGCAUGAAAUCAUUCUGGAGAUAUAGUACUGGGCCUUUGGAUGACCAUCGCUCUACAGAGGAACUCCCAGCACAAAGUGACAUUGUCAUUAUUGGUGCUGGGUAUUCCGGUGCAGCACUUACGACACAUAUAUUGUCUGAGUGUACUGGGAAAAGCCCCUCAAUUCUGGUACUUGAAGCAAGACAAUUAUGCUCUGGUGCGACUGGAAGAAACGGAGGCCAUCUCAAGCCUGAUUCUUACAAUGCAAUUUCAAGGCUGGCAAAAGAAUACGGUGUGGAAGCUGCUGCCGAGGUUGCCAAUUUCGAAACGGCCAACGUCGAGGCUGUUGCCGAGUUUGUUCGCCAGAAUGAUAUAGAUUGUGAUUUUAUCAUGACGAGAGCAGUGGAUGUUCAGUUCCAAACCGAACACCAUGCGAAACUUGUCGAAGGCUACCGAUCAUUACUUGACCACGGCGUGGAAGCAACGAAGCAGACGUAUGCCGUUCCUUCGAGGAUUGCUGAAAAUGUUUCAGGCGUCAAGGGAGCGAAGGGCUGCUUUUCUUACACUGCAGGCCAUCUCUGGCCUUACAAGCUGAUCCACCACAUCUUUACCAGCGCUAUAGCCAAUGGAGUGAAUAUCCAAACGAAUACGCCCGUGACAACUAUCUCAUCGACCCAAGAUUCAAACGGCUAUUGGACACUUACAACGGAACGAGGCCUCGUCAAGACCAAGAAGAUCAUCAUGGCGACCAAUGCGUAUACAGCAGCUCUUUUACCUGAGUAUGAGAACAAGAUUGUUCCGUAUAGAGCUAUCUGCAGUCGUAUUGUCGUUCCAAAGACAAAAAGGGCACCUCUUUUAACGAAUACAUAUGCUUUGCGCUUCAAUGAAUGGGAUUUCGAUUAUCUCAUUCCCCGACCCGACGGCAGCAUCAUCGUAGGUGGUGCUCGCCAGGCAUAUAUCCAGCAUGUGGAAGAUUGGUAUGGAAGUGUCAAUGACACAGAGAUAAUUGAGCGUGCCAAGCACUAUUUUGACGGCUAUAUGCAGAGGCACUUUCACGGUUGGGAAGCCAGUGGAGCUCAUGUCGACGAUAUCUGGACAGGAGUUAUGGGGUACUCUUCUGACCGUAUUCCCCGUAUCGGUGCCAUCCCAGACCGUCCCGGAAUGUACAUCAUGGGGGGCUUUACUGGGCACGGUAUGCCACAGGUAUUUCUUUGCGCAAAGGGCUUGGCAAACAUGGUUCUUCAACAGACUGACUUCCAGUCCACUGGUAUCCCAAGGCUGUUUGAAGAGUCGAGGCCAAGGUUAAGUGAUGAGAGAAAUAGAAUUCUGGAAAUGUACGAAAUACCGCUGCAAGCCUUUUCAUCCCGGCUAUGA